UUGCAGCUUUCCACCUACUGAAAGAUGUCAGCAAUUGGAGUCGUGUCCUCCUGUUCCUGUCUCUGUCCUGGUGUACGGCUGCUGAAACCAGGAAUGCAGAGGGUGGGCUUCUUCGGCUUACAUACAGCAGCCAGAUGUGCUGCCAAGGAUUAUUAUGAAGUACUUGUGUUGGGUGGAGGCGCUGGUGGAAUCACCAUGAGUGCUCGGAUGAAGAGGAAAGUUGGGGCAGAAAAUGUGGCUGUUGUUGAGCCAAGUAAGACUCAUUACUAUCAGCCACUGUGGACCCUGGUUGGCGGUGGUGCAAAGCAGCUGGCAACUUCUGCGCGUCCAACAGGAAGCGUAAUGCCUAAAGGUGUCGAGUGGAUCAAAUCUCGAGUUACAGCUUUGGAUCCAGAUAAGAACUGUAUCUGGCUGGAGAAUGAUAUCAAGAUUUCUUACAAGUAUCUGAUAAUUGCCCUUGGGAUUAGUCUGCAUUACGAAAAGAUCAAAGGCUUGCCUGAGGGUUUUCAUCACCCUAAAAUAGGUUCCAAUUAUUCAGUUCAUACGGUAGAGAAAACAUGGAAAGCUUUACAAGAUUUCAAGGAAGGAAAUGCUAUCUUCACUUUUCCAAAUACUCCAGUGAAGUGUGCAGGGGCUCCUCAGAAGAUCAUGUAUUUAUCAGAGGCCUACUGGAGGAAAACAGGAAAACGUUCCAAAGCAAACAUAAUGUUCAACACUUCACUUGGUGUCAUUUUUGGUGUUAAGAAGUAUGCUGAUGCAUUGCUUGAAAUAGUAAAAGAGAGGAAUAUUGCUGUUAACUAUAAGCGCAACCUUGUAGAAGUUCGAGCAGACAAGCGAGAAGCUGUGUUUGAAAACUUGGACAAACCCGGAGUGACUGAAGUUCAUCAGUAUGAAAUGCUUCAUGUCACACCCCCAAUGGGGCCACCUGAGGUACUCAUCAACAGUCCUGUCUCAGAUGAAAUUGGCUGGGUGGAUGUAGAUAAGGAAACUCUACAACAUAAAAAGUAUCCCAAUGUAUUUGGUAUUGGAGACUGCACCAACCUUCCAACAUCAAAAACUGCUGCAGCUGUAGCUGCCCAGUCUGGAGUCCUUGAUAAAACUAUUUCCCUGGUAAUGAAGAACCGGUUGCCAACUAAAAAGUAUGACGGAUAUACUUCCUGCCCACUAGUAACAGGCUACAACAAGGUGAUUCUAGCAGAAUUUGACUACAAUGCUCAGCCUUUGGAGACCUUUCCCAUUGACCAGAGUAAGGAGAGAGUAACCAUGUACCAUAUGAAAGCUGAUAUGAUGCCUUUUCUCUAUUGGAAUGCACUACUUAAGGGAUACUGGGGAGGACCAGCUCCCAUCAGGAAGCUACUGCAUCUGGGCUUGAAGUAACUACUGGUUCCUAGUGUUGGUCAAACCCUUUCAAAGAAAAAGGACUGGUCUCACAAUGGAUCAAUACAUAUCUUCCCUCUUUGACUACCUAGCAGACUUUUUUUCUUCAAAUCAAGUUUUUGUCCUAAAUUCAAUUUUCCCCCUACUAGGGAUUAA